AUGAAGUAUUCUCCAUUAAUCAUUCUUUCUCUUGCCUUUAUCCUUCUAUCUUCAUCUUCAUCAUGGGCUGUAGCUUGUGCUGAAAAACAUGAAUCCUUUCUUCAAUGUCUCUUCCAUCAUUCUUCAAAUAGUUCCUCCAUUUCCAAAGUCAUUUACUCACCCAUCAACUCCUCUUAUUCUUCGGUUUUGAAUUCCUCCGUUCAAAACUUCAGAUUCUUGACUGCGAAGACCCCAAAACCACUCUUCAUCAUAACACCAUCACAUCUUUCCCACAUUCAAAUAGCUGUCAUUUGUUCCAAAACUCAUGGCUUUCAAAUCCGAACUCGAAGCGAUGGCCAUGACACUGAAGGUCUUUCUUACGUUGCCUAUGUUCCAUUCAUAAUCAUUGACCUAAUAAAUCUCAGGUCGGUCACCAUUAAUGUUGAACAUAGUACUGCAUGGGUUCAAUCUGGGGCAACUCUUGGCGAGCUCUAUUAUAGCAUCGCUCAGAAAAGUCAAACCCUUGCAUUUCCAGCGGGUGUAUGUCCAACAGUCGGCGUUGGUGGGCACUCCAGUGGCGGUGGAUAUGGGUUGAUGCUGAGGAAAUAUGGUUUUGCAGCUGAUAAUGUCAUCGACGCUUACUUGAUUGAUGCUAAUGGGAAGUUUCACGAUAGAGAGUCGAUGGGAGAGGAUUUGUUUUGGGCCAUUAGAGGGGGCGGCGGAGGGAGCUUAGGGAUCGUGGUGGCGUGGAAGGUGAAGCUUGUUCCGGUUCCGGCCACUGUUACGAUUUGCUUGACUAACAGAAAUUUGGAUGAAGAUUUAGUCAAGCUAAUCCAUCGGUGGCAAUUUGUGGCUCCCAAAUUGGAUGAAAAUUUAUAUGUUGGCAUCAUGUUGAAUGGUGGGAAUGCUUCAACUCAAGGAGGAGUCAACCCAAAAUCUACAUUCUUCUCAUUGUUUCUUGGAAAGAUAGAUGAGCUUAUGGCAAUCUUGAAGAGAGAUUUUCCAGAGAUGAACUUGGCAAAUAACGACUGCGUAGAAACGAGCUGGAUUGAAUCAACAAUCAUAGCCGCUACCAGGAAUAAAACUGUCGAGUCCUUGGAAUAUUUGCUCACUAAAAUACCUCUUGCCACAGGAAGCAUAAAAACCAAAUCUGACUACGUCAAGGAACCCAUUCCCAAGGUUGCAAUCGAGGGCAUAUGGGAAAGAUUGAAAGCUCAAGAUAUAGAAGCGUCACAGCUUGUAAUUGUUCCCUAUGGAGGGAGAAUGAGUCAGAUUUUAGAUUCGGAAAUUCCUUAUUCGCAUAGAGCUGGAUAUUUGUACAAGAUCGGGUAUGUUGUUGGGUGGAAAGAACAGAGCGUAGAUGUUGGAAAAAGGCACCUGAGUUGGAUACGGGAGCUUUACGAUUACAUGACUCCUUUCGUUUCGAAAUCACCGAGGGCUGCAUAUGUCAAUUACAGAGACCUUGACAUUGGAACAAAUAACAAGUAUGGAAAAACGAGCUACAAGCGAGCCAGCAUUUGGGGAUCAAAGUAUUUUGGGAAAAAUUUUAACAGGUUGGUGCACGUUAAAUCUAAGGUUGAUCCGUCUAAUUUUUUUAGACAUGAGCAAAGCAUACCUCCUCUGUGACUUGGAUGAGAAACGCAAAGAAUCCCCCACAUUUUGAAACGUGUAGAAACUAAAGGGGUGGCAUAAACGUUUGAUUUCUCGUUGUGAGAAUUCUAUUUUAUUUUGCAUUAUAAAAGUAUGUCUAAAGUUUUAAUAUUGAAUAACAAGAAUGUGACGUGAGUUGAAAGUUUGAAAUUGAGUAUUAUAUAGACAAUAUGAUCUUGAAAAUAAUGGUACAAGAAAAAGUGAUAGAACUUUAGGCUGAUAUGUUCAAGUUUACAUACCUAUAAAAUAUGAAAACUUGGAAUUAGAUGGAUAUG